AUGGCAAACUCAUCUCCAAGCACAUCUUCAUCGGUCGAGUCCACCGCAAACCUCAACAUCCUCUGCCAGACGCUGCCUCCUCCUGGAAGAUUCCCAAUCCGGGAUCUGCCUUUGAGCACAACCAUCGGCCAGCUUCGGACUCGCAUCGCAGAGACCUUCCCUGGUAACCCUCCUUCUUCGACUCAACGCCUCAUCUACCAAGGCAGAGCACUCCUUGGUGAUAGUGUCACUCUCGGGGACAUCCUGCCAGCUGCUAAUCCUAUCCUGCAGAACACUUCUUACGCAUUCCAUCUCGUGCUCCCUCCACCCGAGCCGACUCCUGCGCCAGCUUCAAAUGUCUCUGGCUCGCUCCGCCCACGUGAGGCCCGGUCUUUGGGUCCUGGUGCUCCGAGUUUAUUCGGCAGCCCUGCGCCCAACACCCCUACAUUUGGACAGAACACUCCAGCUAGCUCAGGCAUAUUCGGCCCUAGCACGGCUCCAACAACUGGCUUAGGUCAGGCAGUAGCUGGUUCGGGUUUGUUUGGAAACCCUCCAACGCAGGCAGCUACUUUGACGUCCAAUCGCCCAGCUGGUUCCGGGUUAUUUGGUUCUGCUCCAGCCAAUGCAAACCCCUUCGGACAAGCCAAUCCGGGCCCCGGGUUCGCAGUCAACAAUGGAAACCCUACAGCGCAGGCCGCUGCUGCCGCACCCAAUCAUCCAGCCGGUUCCGGUUUAUUUGGCCCUGUCCCAGCCAAUACAACCCCCUUCGGGCAUGGUAAUCUGGGAUUCGGAGCGGCACUCAACAAUGGGCAUCCGUUUGCCAAUAACAGAAAUUUUUUCAACUCCGCUGGCAAUAAUACCAAUGGUGGUUUCCCAGGCUUCCAAACACGCAGUCCUGAACAGGAUACCGACACCCGCUUGCGCCUUGCCCGUUUGCAAGGCCAAAUAGAAGAGAUUGAACGUCAGCUGGAGCGAAACCUCCUUCCUCACACAAUGCAACAAAUCAUUAACACUCGGACGGAACUUCUGGGACUUCAAGAUGACCAAUUCAGCAGACGAAAUUCGCUACCAGAAGUUGAACGAUUGAUUACACGCAUCCUGAGCGCUUACAGUCGUGCGCGCCAGCUGGAAAGCAUGCAACCUCCGGUGGAAGAACCAAUUUACAGCCCGUUGCCCAAUUGGGGGAACUCUAUCUACCUUGCCGUUAGCCCAAAUAAUUCCCCUGCUCUUAUCAUGGGCACGCAGAUACAUAAUCACCCCACGAACCCUCUAUCAUCUACAGCAGAACUCGAUCCACCAAUUCCUCCCCAGCCUCUCCAUCCCGCAGCAAUGGCUGAGAACGUGGCUCGCCAGGCAAUUCCAAAUCGACAGAGAAACGUUAUCAAUGCCGAACAAGUGGGCUUGGUCCAGCACCUGGGCCGCAUCUGGCUAUUUGCGCGACUUUGGUUCAUCUGCUACUUGACUAGUGAGCCUGGCACAUGGAGACGAUACAUUAUGGUUGCCUUUUCCCUGCUGGCCACUUUUCUGUCAGGCACAGAGGCUCCCGGGCAAAUACUGAGAGCAGUUGUGACCCCCGCCCUGCAUCACCUCGAGGCUUUGGUUCGUGCUGGCGGACCUGCGGAUCCGGCCGCUGCUAAUGACGCCGAGGCUGAGGUCUUCAGCCUGCGGGAUCAAUUGCGUCGCCUCGAGCGGUCCGUUGUACUUCUCGUGGCUAGCAUUGUACCGGGCUUUGGUGAGCGACAAGUCGAGGCUCACAAUGCGGCCGAGGCUGAGGCGGAGCGCGCGCGCCAGCAACAGGUGCAGGCAGAGCAAGAGCGCCAGGCUCAGAAUGCCGAGGCUGCGGCCUCUGCAAUUCCUGCUGUGGAGGAGGUGCAGGAGGAGGCUCAUGCCCCCAAUUAG